GAAAAGUGCCAGUCGACCGAAUCGAUCGCGACCUGCCGUCUGCCAUGACCAACAACAGUUUCAAUCAACAACCACAACCACAACAACCCACGUCACAACACACUAUCGCCCAUGGGUGGAAACGCCAUCAUAGACUAAGUUUGAGCUUGAUAGACUAAGCUUAAGCUUGAGAUGAUUGCGCUGCGUCAAGUCUCGCAAGCUGCGCCAGUCCAAGAUCCCACACCAUCCGGUCCAUGGCCAGGAGCCUCCACAGCACGGCGUGUCCCCCCGGCCAUGUCACCCACCCCGCGCCCGCUAGAACCGAGAGUUCUGCCUCUAGUAAAGCCCGUUCUGCCCCAGCCAAUUCCAUCGCCUCCCGCCACGGGGCGAUCCUCCCCAUUAGCCUGUCAAACUCGGGGUCUGACUCGUUCCUCACGGCAGAGACCAGCGCUGACACGAUUUGUGGCACAACCUUCUUUUUCGCCCCUUGAGUCCCUGUCGCCGUCGCGCUUGAAGCAGAACGGAGGAACUCCUCAAACGGCUCAACGAUCCAGUCUUGCCAUGCCCUCAUGUCGCGCAGCGGACCCUCCAUCCUACCCGCUUCUUCCACUGCCGGUGACAGCAAUCCAGCGCUGUCUAUAUCCCCCCACCGUCAGAGCAGCUCCGUGACACACGACAAUACGCCGCCUGUCGCAUAUUUAUC